AUAUUGAUCCAAAAUUUUUACGGAAAAGGUGAACGGACGGCCAUUAAAUGGAGCAGUGCACCGGAAGUAUGCAAUCCGCCACCGCGAGUGAAGAAGGCGAAUCGGGAAGGGAAAGAUCUUUUGAGCGAUGACGUGGCAAUAAAGCAAACAAAAUCGGUUUGGCUGUCACGUGGAAGUUCCCCGCUCUAUGGUCACUCAACUCCUCCAUACCCAAAUCUCCAAUCUCUAUGCUCUUCUCGAGAUUUACCGCACUUCAUUUGGAUUUGCGUGUCAAUUGCUCGAAAUGUGUUCUCUGCAGCUCUCCAAUUGCAGAGCCUUCGAGCACUCGGAAUUCCGGAGGGAGCUGAGGCGGAGCAGUGCCGCCGUGAUUCGCUCCUCGUUCUGGGGAGGACCUUUGGAUUUGAGCGAUGUGGAGGCGCGGGGGAGUAGGACGCGGCGCUUGCUGGCGCGGAGGACUUCUAGGAUUUUUGCCGAGAUGAAGAUGAAUCCGAACGAGUACAUGGUGACGCUGGAGAAGCCGCUCGGCAUCCGUUUCGCUCUCUCGGUUGACGGAAAAGUGUUCGUGCUUGCGCUCCAGAAAGGGGGUAAUGCUGAGAAGUUGGGAUUGAUUAUGGUGGGCGAUACUCUGAAAAAGGCAGGUCAAUCUUCAGACGGGAAGCUUGUUGAGAUCAAGGACUUCAGUGAUACAGAGACUCUUAGAAAGGAGAAAUCUGGUGCUUAUAGCCUUGUUCUUGAGAGACCGUUUGCUCCUUUUCCAACCCAUCAGCUCUUUCCUAUGGAUGAUAUUGAUAUCAUGUUUAAUCGAGGACGUGUUCCCAUUGCCACUUGGAACAAAAGUAUAGGGGCAUCAAAUUUGCAGGAAUCAAGUGAGAGUAGUGGGAACUCUGGAUUUGCAGUAUUUUGCCCCAAGUUUUUAAGUUCCAAAGGCUGGAAGUGUUUAAAUGAUCAAAACAGGAAUGGUCUGCCCCAAGUGUCUAGGAAUGGCGCUGCUCUACCAUGUAGUCCUCUAAUAGCCAUUUUUACUGAUGUGGUGUCUGAAAAUGCUGAAUGGGGGCACGGAAACUUCCCAUUGGAAGAGUACGCGAAUGCAUUAGAGCGUUCGAAGGAGGAGCUCUAUUAUAACCAUUCUCUCGGUAUGCACUAUAGUAAGAUCACCGAACAAAUUUAUGUUGGAUCAUGCAUUCAAACAAAAGAGGAUGUACAGACAUUAUCUACCACUGUGGGAGUCACUGCUGUGCUGAAUUUCCAGAGCAUGGCUGAAGCUGCGAACUGGGGACUUGAUUCGAAUUCAAUUAAUGAGUCAUGCCAAAACUCUAAUAUCCUAAUGGUUAACUAUCCAAUAAGAGAUGCAGAUUCUUUUGAUAUGAGAAAGAAAUUGCCGUUCUGUGUGGGUGUGCUUCUACGUUUGCUCAAGAAAAAUCAUCGUGUUUAUGUCACUUGCACAACUGGAUUCGACCGAUCACCUGCUUGUGUGAUUGCAUAUCUUCACUGGAUGACUGAUACUUCCCUUCACGCAGCCUACGAUUUUGUUACUGGAUUACAUUCAUGCAAGCCUGAUAGGCCGGCAAUUGCCUGGGCAACGUGGGAUCUCAUAGCCAUGGUUGAAAAUGGCACACAUGAAGGACCUGCAACACAUGCAGUGACAUUUGUGUGGAACGGACAUGAGGGGGAAGAAGUACAUCUGGUGGGAGAUUUCACUGGAAACUGGAAAGAACCAAUCAAGGCAGUCCAUAAAGGUGGCCCGAGACAUGAAGUUGAAAUUAGACUUCCUCGGGGGAAGUACUACUACAAAUUCAUAACUAACGGGGACUGGAGACACUCAACGUCUUCACCUACCGAAAGGGAUCAGAGUGGGAAUCUUAACAAUGUGAUUGUAGUUGGUGACACUGCCAGCGUGAAACCUACCAUUCAAUCACAAGAGAAGGACGCAAACAUUAUGAAGGUCAUAGAGAGGCCAUUGACUGAAAACGAGCGCUUUAUGUUGGCAAAAGCAGCUCGAUGUGUGGCUUUCGGUGUUUGUCCUAUAAGGCUGGCCCCAAAAUGAAGGCUGGAACGGCCGAUUCAUAAUACCUGAAAACAUCCUUCUACUGGAAGACUGAGGAAAAGAUCGCGGUGGCUCACAUAUUCUUCGAAAAUGUGUUUGUGAGUAAAUCAGCUGACACCUUCAUACUUGAUCAGUUGAUUGAUGCAUGUUAUUUAGGUUUUAGAUUUCCACGAAGUUCAUUUCUCAGUAGCAAAUGAGCUGCUCCUUAUUUAAUGUACUAUAGCAAUAAAGUCAUAUAGAAAGAAAGUCAUAUUUGAUAUGUACAAAGCAGUAGUGUUCCUUCUCUUUAAUGUUGCAGUGCAAAUUCUGAUAUUUAUAUUAAAGAAAUUGUUCUUUUUUU